AUGCACCUCAUCGUCACCGUCCGCCUGCUGCUGGCCACCGUCUCUCUAGCAUUUCCGGUGCGAUGCGACCCCGUCGCGAACCAAGGGUUUACAUUUCCACGAGUCUCAAAUCCUUCCAUCCCGGACGUCUCCAACCUCACGGUCCGCAACAACGACAGCAUGGUCGUGGAAUACACUCAAUUCGCGCAUACGACCGCAAUUGGCAUCGAUAUGGAGUGCAACAAGUCAGCACAAGCCGCUGUUCGAAACGAGGUCUACAGUGAUGGCUGGACCUCGAAUGGACCCUAUGAAAACAACGGUAAGAUCAAGUGGGAUUUUAAUAUCAGCCAAGCUGAUUUAGACGCGAAUCUCACCUUCUGUCGGUUCCUGCUCUUCAACGAAUCCAUCGCUAGCUGUUCAUGGGGUCCUUGGGGCCUGGUAUCCCAGAAGAAGUCAGCAAACCAUACCAUCCCGCUCUUCUAUUCCCCCAUAUUCCGUGUCCUUGCAUACAACAAGACACAAAAGCCGGCCCUGUGGAUCAAUGUGGAGGACAGAACGACAUCGUCGAGGCUGCCGUCGACAACUGCCACAUCAACUGUGAAUGUUACCUGUCCGCCAUCAGGCAUCCCAUCACUGGCUGGUCCGGUGUUUAGCAGGCAGGAUGGUGUCUGGCCACCGAUGGCGGAGAACCUUACAUUUCCGGUUUACUCCCUGGAUGACUAG